CUCUGUCUUGCUUCUUGUUGCUGCGUAUCCGCACCCCGAAGUAGACAUGUCGGGGUUCAGCCCGGAGCUCAUCGACUACCUGGAAGGGAAGAUCUCCUUUGAGGAGUUCGAAAGGCGGAGAGAAGAGAGAAAAACCCGUGAGAAGAAAAGUGCUCAGGAAAAAGCAAAGUUAUCAGUUGAAGAAAAUCCACAUGACGCUGAAGUUCCAUCAUCCUCGGGAAUUGACUCCACCAAAUCGCAGGACAGUGAGGUCAAUGAAGGAGAAACGUCAGAUGGAGUCAGUAAAUCAGUUCACAAGGUCUUUGCUUCCAUGCUGGGAGAGAAUGAAGAUGAUGAGGAGGAAGAGGAAGAGGAAGAAGAGGAGGAAGAAGAAACACCUGAGCAACCCACUGCUGGCGAUGUGUUUGUAUUGGAGAUGGUUCUCAAUCGUGAAACCAAGAAAAUGAUGAAAGAGAAAAGGCCUCGAAGUAAACUUCCCAGAGCUCUGAGGGGUCUCAUGGGUGAAGCCAACAUCCGCUUUGCUCGAGGAGAACGGGAAGAGGCCAUACUGAUGUGCAUGGAAAUCAUAAGACAAGCUCCUCUGGCUUAUGAGCCAUUCUCUACCCUUGCCAUGAUAUAUGAGGACCAAGGUGACAUGGAGAAAUCUCUGCAGUUUGAAUUGAUUGCUGCACAUUUAAAUCCCAGUGACACUGAAGAAUGGGUUAGACUGGCGGAGAUGUCUCUGGAACAAGAUAAUAUUAAGCAGGCUAUUUUUUGCUACACAAAAGCUCUUAAAUAUGAACCUACUAAUGUCCGUUAUCUGUGGGAGCGAUCAAGCCUCUAUGAACAGAUGGGAGAUCAUAAAAUGGCAAUGGAUGGUUAUAGGCGUAUUUUAAACCUUUUAUCUCCGUCUGAUGGAGAACGUUUUAUGCAGUUAACUAGAGAUAUGGCAAAGAGUUACUAUGAAGCCAAUGAUGUUACUUCAGCUAUUAAUAUAAUUGAAGAAGCUUUCUCAAAACAUCAGAGUCUUGUUUCCAUGGAAGAUGUAAAUGUAGCAGCUGAACUGUAUAUUUCUAACAAACAGUAUGACAGAGCUUUGGAGGUAAUAACAGAUUUUUCUGGAAUUGUGCUGGAAAAAAAAACUACAGAGGAAGGCACUUCAGAAGAGAAUAAAGGCUCUGGUGAAAAUGUGACCUGCACUAUACCUGAUGGUGUGCCAAUAGAUAUUACGGUGAAGUUGAUGGUCUGCCUUGUACAUCUUAACAUCCUCGAACCACUUAAUCCUCUCUUGACAACACUAGUGGAACAGAAUCCUGAAGAUAUGGGAGAUCUCUAUCUAGAUGUUGCUGAAGCUUUUCUGGAUGUCGGUGAAUAUAAUUCUGCACUUCCCCUCCUGAGUGCGCUAGUCUGCUCUGAGCGAUACAACCUCGCAGUAGUGUGGCUUCGGCAUGCAGAAUGUUUAAAGGCCUUAGGCUACAUGGAACGCGCUGCGGAAAGCUAUGGCAAAGUGGUCGAUCUGGCCCCCCUUCAUUUGGAUGCAAGAAUUUCACUUUCCACCCUUCAGCAGCAGCUGGGCCGUCCUGAGAAAGCUCUGGAAGCUCUGGAACCAAUGUAUGAUCCAGAUACUUUAGCACAGGAUGCAAAUGCUGCACAGCAGGAACUGAAGUUAUUGCUUCAUCGUUCUACUCUGUUGUUUUCCCAAGGCAAAACCUAUGGUUAUGUGGACACCUUACUUACCAUGUUAGCCAUGCUUUUAAAGGUAGCAAUGAAUAGAGCUCAGGUUUGUUUGAUAUCUAGUUCCAAAUCUGGAGAGAGGCAUCUCUACCUUAUUAAAGUGUCAAGAGACAAAAUAUCAGACAACAGUGACCAAGAGACAGCAAAUUGUGAUGCAAAAGCAAUAUUUGCUGUCCUCACGAGUGUCUUGACAAAAGAUGACUGGUGGAACCUUCUGUUGAAGGCUAUAUACUCCUUAUGUGACCUAUCCCGAUUUCAAGAGGCUGAGUUACUUGUGGAUUCUUCGCUGGAAUAUUAUUCAUUUUAUGAUGACAGGCAAAAGCGCAAAGAAUUAGAAUACUUUGGUCUCUCUGCUGCAAUACUGGACAAAAAUUUCAGAAAGGCAUACAACUAUAUCAGGGUAAUGGUAAUGGAAAAUGUCAAUAAACCUCAGCUCUGGAACAUUUUCAAUCAGGUUACCAUGCACUCCCAAGAGGUGCGACAUCAUCGCUUCUGUCUUCGCCUAAUGCUGAAAAACCCGGAUAAUCAUGCCCUGUGUGUCUUAAAUGGACACAACGCGUUUGUAUCUGGUAGUUUUAAGCAUGCGCUCGGACAGUAUGUGCAGGCCUUUCGCACCCACCCCCACGAGCCCCUCUAUAGCCUCUGUAUCGGCCUGACGUUUAUUCACAUGGCCUCUCAGAAGUAUGUAUUAAGGAGACAUGCCCUGACUGUGCAGGGCUUUUCCUUUCUUAACCGGUACCUCAGUAUACGUGGGCCUUGCCAGGAGUCGUUCUACAAUUUGGGCCGUGGCCUUCACCAGCUGGGGCUGAUUCAUCUUGCAAUCCACUAUUAUCAGAAGGCCUUGGAUCUCCCUCCACUUGCGGUAGAGGGUAUAGAAGUUGACCAGUUAGAUUUACGACGAGAUAUUGCUUACAACUUGUCUCUCAUUUAUCAGAGCAGUGGGAAUAUCGGAAUGGCUCAAAAGCUUUUGUAUACCUACUGCUGUAUAUGAAGUUCCUCAGCUGGGAAAGGAGCCCUGGUGCUGGGGGGGGGGGGGGCAAUAUUUUCUGUCUAAGGGCUUAGUAUUAACCAAGUAUUAACCCCAAAAUGGAGAUGACAGUUUCAGAAUUAUCUUUGCAUUUAACUUUUAAUAUGUCAUAAUGACCUUUUGAUAGACAUGCAAAAGUAUCAUUCCAAGAGUUUGUACAUUUUUCUAUCAUUUUCUUCUAGCGUUUUUAGUAAAAUUGUCCCCAAAGGUGAAAUGGGGAAUCUUAGCCUCGAAGCCAGCUUGGAGUUAAAUAUGCUCAUUUUUUAUUAUUAACUUAUACCCUUUAUUCAUUUGUGCAUUCACUGCUAUAUAAUGAACACCUCUGUACCAGGCACUGUGACAGUGCUUGGACUGUAGUAAGACAGAUGUGGCUUCUCAGCACAGUUCUCUAAAUACAGAACGCGAGCAAUAUGUUCAUCUGAAAGAAGUGUUUGCUACACUGCUACCUACAUUGACUCAUCCAUUGCUUAUGCCCUGUUACAUGGCAUGGGAAGUUUUUCAGGUACAUAGAAAAGGCUACUAAAGGAAAGGAAAGACGAAUUGAGACUCUUUCUCAUAUCAGCACAAUUAUGUAAUUGACUUAGCUCCUAAGAAAAUUAUUUGAAAUGGUUAUGUAGCAGGAAGACACGUAAGUGAGUUAACCUUUUACUUUUCACCUACAUGUGUCUUAGUCGUAUAGCUUGCUGGACAUAAUUCAGAAAGUCCUGUUCCGAGGCAAAUUAAAAAUGCAUUACAAAUGUUGGUGGCUUACUGACAAAAAAGGUAGAAAAGAGAGGAUGACAUUUAAUAAUGUGACCUAGUUUGUGUUUCAAGAUCACUAGGAAUGGUAGGAAGAUUAGAGAAUUGUAUGUAUGAAGGAAAGUAUUGCUGUGAUAAAGUUAAAAUUUUUUACUUAAAUAUGUUAUGUUCUCGAAUCUAAGAUAACAAUACUUUUAAGAUAUACUGUUGGUUUCUUAACAGCUUUUGAGAGUUUCUUUUUAGAGGAAAAAUGCUGUAAUAUGUAUGUGUUUGGAUUCUAAGACCUAUUCUCAUUGUGAGAGGGAAGCAUAUAUGAGACUUAGGAUUAAAGAAAUAGUAUGAGGGCUUUUUAGGAAUCCUUACCGCUACAGAGUAGUUGAAAAGCAAAAUGUGUAUAUAAUAAGCAAAUGUAUCCAGCAUUCUGUGUGUGUAUUUAAAUGUGUACAUAACUUAAAUAAAUUUUAUUUUU